AUGCCUUCUUUUCCCCCUCAGCCUAAACUCUACUUUUCCAUCAUUGAUGAUGUGAUUGAGAGUAUCAGAGAGCUUUUUCUCGAUGAAGGGGUACCGGAGGGAGUACUGGAUGACUUGAGGCAGCUUUGGGAGUCAAAGGUGUUGCAGUCCAGAGCUGUGGAAGGCUUUGCAAAAGACAACCUCAAUCCCUCAAAUUUUGUUCUGCAGCUUCCAGCAAAUUAUCCUCAGACUCUUCAUAAACCCACAGCUUCUGUCGUCAUUCCUGCUGGGCGGCAUGCACAGAGUUUUACAGCAAAAGCAAGCAACACUGGCACUAUUGCAACAUUUUCUCUACCACCCGGAGUUACCUAUCCUGUUCAGAUACCAGCAGGAGUGACCCUACAGACUGCCUCAGGCCAUUUGUACAAGGUCAACGUUCCUGUAAUGGUGACCCAGGCUCCAGAGUGUCAGCGUAUCCCUCCCCAAACGAAUCAGUCCCUUAUCGAGCAGAGAAAUCGACCCCCUACUGUCAUUCAUAAAAUCCCUGCCCAGGUGACUGCUCCAGGUCCUCAAAUCCUGCCUGUUCCGCAAGCCUCCAAACCAGUCCUACCACCACAGGAUCAGACACAGAACCGACUCACCCAGCAACCAAAGAUCCCUGUGGAGCAAAGUACCCAAGCCCUGGUCCCUGUUACCCCAGACACUUCUACUUUGCACCAGCCUUCGCAGUCUGCCCUAGAAAGCUCCAUCGAGUUCACCCUGGACGGCAUCGAGUUCAGCCCUCAGCCCCUGGACAUGAGUGUGUCUUCACCCUUCUCCAUGCAGCAGCAGCCUAGAGGUCUGCAGGGAGAGUUGCCUCACAUGCAGAUGCUGGAGUUCGGAGCCAGCGUGCAGGACAUGGUGGAGAGAGCUGUUAAAAUAGGGGAGGAAUCUGGAGCCCUGAGCAACACUGCUGACACCAUGAGUCUUCUGCCAGACUUGGACAGAAUGCCUGACAGUGCAGGCAAGCUCGAAGGGCUCCUGAUGGACUACAACUUCAAUGAGCUGGACGACAUAGUUCAGCUUGACGGCACGGGUGACAGCAGCUCCGAAGUGGGAGACGAAGAGCGCGAGCAGCAACGGCGGGAGGAGGAGGAGGAGGACCAAGGAGCUGUCGGAGAGAAUGAAUUUCUGGGCAUGAUCAAUGCGGAGGCCCUGAAAGCUCUUCAGGGGGCUGGGGAGAGCAGCAGCAGCUGUCCCAGCAGUGACGGCGAUGAGCCUGAUCUGGAGGAGGUGGAGGAGGAGGAUCCACUGAACUCUGGUGAUGAUGUGAGUGAGCAGGAUAUUCCAGAGAUCUUUGACACUGAGAACGUCAUUGUUUGUCAGUAUGAUAAGAUUCAUCGCAGUAAAAACAGAUGGAAGUUUUAUCUGAAAGACGGUGUGAUGUGCUACAGUGGUAAGGACUAUGUUUUUUCCAAAGCCGUUGGUGAGGCUGAGUGGUGAGAUGAGGGGGUGUUAAAACUUGAGCCCAGUAAAGAGAACUGUCGUGAACACGAGUGGGGAAAAUACUACGCACAAUUUUCUUUAAGUGUGGAGAAUUUUCUUAUUAGCUAAUGCUGCAUUUGCUUUGGAUAUCUUUAUUUUGGUUAGUUGGUUUGUUUGUGUCUGCAUAGUUAAAAUUGCAGAAUAUAAAGCCAGUCCCACAAGAACUCUUGUUGGUUCUUGGGUAUGUGAUGUAACUCUGGAUUUUUGCGUUUCCAGUCUAAAAAUCCUUUUUGUGUUUCAAGGGGUAGAUCAUAAAGGUUGUGGUUUAUGUUGAACAUGAUAAGAGUAUCAUUAUUAUUUAAUUCUUCCUUCUUGCUUACUGUGUGUAUAAAACCCACUGAAAGCAAAACUAUACUUGUGUAUGUGUUGUAUCUAGUUUUGGAUUUCUAUAUACAACUACUUUUUGUUAAAAAGGAACUUGUUCUGCGGUUCUGUACUAAAGUCGAUGCUUUUGUAUGUUCUGCAUCUUUUGGCAUAACUGUUGGAAUAUAAAGCUAUAUUAUUUGCAUACUAGCAAACAUGGGAUUUAGCAAGUGUAAAUAAAAUGUAUGAAUGGAGCACACUAUGGUGUAUGCUGUAACUGUGCACAGACAAACAAUAGUUGCUUCAUGAA